AUGGGUUCCAAGUUGUCUCCAAUUUUAGCGGAAGCCUUCAUGAGCGAUUUCGAAACAGAUUUGGAAAAGCAUAAGUUUUUCCCGCGAAUAUGGAAACGUUAUGUUGAUGAUGUUUUUGCAAUAGUGAAAGAGCGUUACAUACCGCAAACGCUGGAACUAUUAAAUUCCCGACAUCCCACGAUAAAAUUUACCAUAGAGCGGGAAGUAGACAACAAAUUACCGUUCUUGGAUCUGCUAGUAUCCAGAAAAAAUGACAACACGCUAAAAUUUAGUAUAUAUCGCAAACCCACUUCGACAGAUCGCUACAUCACUUGUGACUCCAACCAUUUUGGAGCUCAAAAACAAGCCGCAUUCCACUCUAUGGCCCAUCGCCUUGUUAGCAUUCCCAUGGAAAGAACAGAUUUUAUAGAAGAAAAGACAAAAAUCUACGAUGCGGCUAACCUGAAUGGAUACGGUAAGGAGUUUGUUGACAAAAUUAUACGGACACAUGAACGAAAGCAACAUAGACAAAACGCUACCACACUGCAACCAAAGAGAAACAAUGUUGAAAGGAUCAGUAUGCCGUUCUGCCCCAAAAUCACAAAUCCGAUCAAAAAUGCUCUUAGUAGACAUGGUUUUCACGUCGUGCACAAAAGCAACCACACACUACGUGAGCUUCUAUGCAACGCGAAAGAUAAGAUUCCUACAAACGAAAUGUCCGGAAUCUAUCAAAUACCAUGCAAAGACUGCCCGGCGGUAUAUAUUGGGCAGACCCGACGAAAAUUCAAGGUACGCUUAAAAGAGCACAAAAAGGCAGUGGAAAACAACCGAACCAACGAUUCCAGUGUGGCAGUACAUACAGCAAACUUUCACCAUGAAAUCGACUGGGAUAACGCAAAAGUGAUUAAGGGAAUCAGGAAGGCCUCACAACUAAAUGCGUGGGAGUCGAUGUUCAUCGCAACAGCUGAUCAAUUGAUGAACGAAGAUGAGGCUCCCAUCGUGUCACCUCUCUUCAAAUUAACAGGCUUAAAAAUAUAA